UGAGCCCGACUUCGUUCAAUAUUAAACCGAUAGUGUUUAUUUGGAUUGCAUCGACCUAUACCGCAUCAAUUUUUAGCUUUCCUUGUCAAUGUUGCCUGAUUUGCUGCGAUUCCGACGUUGAAACGUACACGCCUUCCAGUUGCAACCAAAUGACUGAGGGUGAACUCGAUGAUGAUUCGCCUUCUUAUUGGAACAGAUGGACAGAUGGAAGUGAUUUCGACGAUGAUCAUGAACUUACUGAUGAUACGUCUUCUGAAAGGAACAGUUGGAACCGAUGGGGUGGAAAUAUAAAAAUACGGUGGAGUUUAAAGGUUCCUCGACCAAAAGUUCAAGCAAGUCCGAUAGCCAUAAACGUAACUGGGGGUGGAACAGUAAUUUUAGCAUCAGGUGCAAAUUCAAGUGUACUAUUAGAAAAAGGUGCAAUCAGGAACGAAGGUAGUGCUAUCCAACUAAUUGGAGGUGCAGACGCAACCCUAGCAACCGCUAAUAUAACAGUUGGAAACAGGCUAGAAACAAGUGAAGCCACUGAUGCAAACAAAGACCACGUAGAAAAUUCGCGUUUAGUACCAGACGAAGGUGCAGUCAAGAAUGAAGAUGGAGAGGUAAACAUAGCAAAAGGUCAAGAUAAUAUUCCCGGCGUUGGAACGUUGCAUGUAGGAAACACUGAAGUAACAGCAAGAGAAGAAAAAAAAAUUGAAGCAAGCAAGCAUUCAAAUAUAGUUUCAGAAGAAGCUGUAGCCACAAACAAAGGACGCGGUGUUCAUUUAUUUGAAAAUGGAGAAGUAAUCACACAAAAUAGUCAAGCUAGUGUUACUGGAGGUGGAGCAGUAUAUGUAGAAAAUGACAAAAUAACAGGAGAAAACGAAGCAGUAGGAGUAAGACAAACUACAGGUGAAACAGCUGAUAGAGCAUCACACGCGGUUGCACGAAUAGGUUCAGCGCGACGUAAGCAAAGGAAACAUGGCAAGAGAAGCAGGCGACGACCAAGAAAGACUAAAGUACGAGCAAAUACAAAUUAAAUGCGCCAAUGUCCCAUCUAAAAAGGUCCU